CCUAGUCCUGGCGAUCGCGACUCUAUUGUGCUAACUGCUGAGAUUAGAUAGAGGAAGAGGAGGAGGAGAAUUGCGGGAACAGAAGGAGAUCGAGGUAGUCCUGUUGAGCGGCAGCAAUGGCGGAGCAUCUGGCAUCGAUCUUCGGAACGGAGAAGGAUAGGGUGAACUGCCCCUUCUACUUCAAGAUUGGAGCUUGUCGGCACGGCGACCGAUGCUCCCGUCUCCACACCAAGCCAAGCAUCAGCCCAACCCUCCUCCUGUCCAACAUGUACCAGAGGCCCGACAUGGUCACUCCCGGCGUCGACCUCCAGGGCCAGGCCAUGGACCCCCGCAAGAUCCAGGAGCACUUUGAGGAUUUUUAUGAGGAUCUGUUUGAGGAACUUAGCAAGUAUGGUGAGAUUGAAAGUUUGAAUGUAUGUGACAAUUUGGCCGAUCACAUGGUUGGGAAUGUCUAUGUUCAGUUUAGAGAGGAAGAACAUGCAGCAAAUGCACUCCAAAAUCUGGCAGGCAGAUUUUAUGCAGGACGUCCCAUCAUCGUUGAUUUCUCUCCAGUGACAGAUUUUCGUGAGGCUACUUGCAGGCAGUAUGAAGAGAAUACAUGCAACAGAGGUGGAUACUGUAAUUUCAUGCAUUUGAAAAAGAUUAGCAGGGAUUUAAGGAGACAACUUUUUGGACGCUACCGGCGCAGGCGUAGUCACAGCCGCAGCAAAAGCCGCAGUCGUAGCCCACACAGGCAUCGCAACUAUGAUGAACGACCUCAUGGUGGUGGUCGUGGUUUUGGAAGAAGGUUUGAUGAUAGGGACUUCCAGUUUGAGGAGAGGGGUAGGAGAGGAAGGAGCCGCAGUCCUCGCAGGAGAGGUGGAAGGAGCAGGAGCCCUGGUGGGAGGAGGAACAGAAGCCCGGAGAGGGAAGGCAGUGCUGAGAGAAGGGCCAAAAUUGAACAAUGGAACAGGGAGCGGGAGCAAGCUGCAGCUGCCAGUGCUGCCAAUAAUAAUGACAUCAAUAACAAUGAUACUGAUGAUGGCUAUGCACAGAACGGUGGGCAUUACCAUGAUCGGCAGCAGGGGGGAUACGGCGGCUAUUGAGGAUGUGGUUUGUUCUUCAUCCUUUUCCCUGGUUUGGCAUACUCUGCGGUCAGAGUUGUGCAUAGGGUUCCAUUUUCAAUGGAUGGCCAUUUAGUGAUUUUAGCUUACAGUCCAUUUUCCCCUGUGCAGGUGUGCAGGUUCACAGUUCUAUGAUAAUGGGCUAUAAAAGUUUUCUAUUUUUUUUCUCCCCCUUUAUUCCAUUAAGAGGGUUGCAUGCUGCAUUCAUUCUUCUUUCACCAUCUAAUUCUUCUUGGCCAUGUCGCUUCUGAAAAGAAAAAAAAAAAAAAAACUCUUUACGUUACAGGGUCCAUCAGGAAAUCUAUGACGCUAGUCAUGCUACCAAUUCAACCUGCAUAAAACAUUUUUGGCGCAGCUAAACUCUAGUGGCAUUACCUGCAUGUUGUCGCCUUCACAUUGUCUUGGUUUUGGGUCGUCCAGGUUCUGGCAUCCAUCGCCUUUCCAGUUGCAAUUUGUCUAGGAUUUCAUCCAUCAAAUAGCUUUUCCUUUCCGCGUUAGGAAGAUGCAGGUUGGGUUGUUUCCUUUUUUGGAAAAUUUCGCGCUUACAGUUUGUAUGAGUUUUUGCAGGUUCAGGUAUCCCUGCUAGUAAGGAUCGGCUUCAUUUUCAUGCAGCUUUUUAUGAAAUUGUGUACAGGUUUGGGCGGACAUAAUUGUAACGAUUGACAGCGAUCCAGUCGAGAGGUGCAUAUGCUUGCCACUUGUGCUUCCGCAGCGUUGGUGUCUGAAGCUGAAGAAAUGUUGGUUUCUCUUCCUUCGCUAUUAUUUUUCUUGGUGCAUUGCAGGUUGUCUCUAUUGUUUUUCUUUGUUAGGCUGGGACUUACCGUUAUUUGAAAGACAUUCAUCCUUUAAAGAGAUUUUAUUGUACAAGUUGGGAACUUGAUACAUACUGUACACAAUAUCCAUCCAGUGCUUAGCUUUGGUAUUUCCUUCUUA